GCCAGCCGGAGAGGCUCAGAGCAACUUGAGCUAUCUGUGCCAGCAUGGAACGUUGGCAGAAUCGUGUCGCUGUUGUGACGGGCACCAGCUCGGGCAUUGGCUCGGCCAUUGCCAUGGAUCUGGUCAAUGCUGGUGUCAUUGUCGUUGGGCUGGCGCGUCGCGUGGACCGAGUCAAGGAACUGCAGAAGUCAUUGCCGGCCGAGCGCAGGGACCGGCUCAUACCCAUGCACUGUGACGUGGGCAGCGAGAGCUCGGUGAAGCAGGCAUUCGAUGCGAUCGAAAACAAGCUGGGCGCCAUCGAUAUACUGGUGAACAAUGCGGGCACCCUGCAAAAUGGCCGACUGGUGGACAUGCCCAUUGCGCUGGCCCAGCAGACGGUGCAGACGAACAUCAUGGGCAUCAUAAAUUGCACGCAGCGCGCCUUCCGCUCGAUGCAGCAGCGCAGCUUCGAUGGCCACAUCAUUCUGAUCAAUAGCAUCUUGGGCCACAAGCUGUUUGCUCCGCCGGCAACUGGUGCGCCGGAAAUCAAUGUAUAUCCGCCCAGCAAGCAUGCGGUUACCGCUCUCGCCGAAAUGUAUCGUCAGGAGUUCAUAGGCUUGGGUACGCGUAUCAAGAUAACGAGCAUUAGCCCCGGCGUUACGGAUACGGAAAUUCUGCCGGAUUGCAUUCGUACUGCGUGCAGGAAGACAAUGCUAAAUUCUGAGGAUAUUUCUUCGGCCGUGCUGUUUACCCUUGCCACGCCGCCGCAUAUGCAGAUCCACGAGAUGAUUAUCAAGCCAGUGGGCGAGAUUCUAUAAGCCUUCUUAAUACACAAUAUAACUCUGUGCAUGCUUCUACCUUAUUCCAGUUUUAUUUUUAUUUGAGCACCUUGCAAUAAAUUGGAUUUCAAAGCACAUCAAUCAACCGGUUUAUUU